CCCUGCCCCGGACUUCGCUAUCUCUGCACAAGGUUCAUUCCCUGCACUUCAGGCCGUGGUGCCGAUUUCAAGCAGCCGAUAGUUUUUGCCAGCAGGUUGUCUCGUCCUGGAGGGGCCGGGCUUCACACACCAGAAGUCAUUCUUUGCAACUCCGCCGCCGACAAGGAAGUAUUUAUUUAAUGAGGAUACACAUCUCUCCUCAGCUUUUUAGCGAUCGGGACACGCAACGAGUAGUAUCGGAGAGAGUAUUUUUCACUGCAAAGAUUAAGUAAAUUCACCAUUUUAGUCAUUUGAAAUGCUGCCUCGAACCAGGAUCAUGUCAUGGUGCCUGUUGCUGACUUUUUUCUAUCAACAAGUUGAAGUUGAUGAGCCACAUAGUUCAAAUUCUCCUCUUCCAGCAGUAGAUGCUUCUAUAACAGAAGACAGUAAAAGUCAAAUCCACCUCAUCAGACAAAGAAGAAAUGUCAAUCAGCAAACUGAAUACACCAUAGAUAUUGAAAUAAGCAUAAGCAGAAAUGGUCUUAGCACCCUGCAAAUGGACCUGGCUAAUUUAAGCUAUCCAAUUAUACUGCCGAUUGGAAAUGGCACUAUCAAUAUUACCAGCAUCACUCCUACAACAUCCUGUCAAUUAGUGAACAGUGAAAUUCAAUGCACAUGUACUAGUGAAUUUAUAUGGAACUCAACAUUUUGUAGAAAAUACCAGCCUUGCAGUGCAAAUACUACAGCCACACAGACUUGUGACUGCAUCAGGGGUUAUCCAACAGAGGGAGUAUUCUGCGAUGACUCACCCAUAAUGACAACACCCGCACAAAGUACUGCACCUACAACAAGGGCAAAGACCACCACAACAAGGGCAAAGACCACCACUACUACACUACCAACGACUACGCCAUUCAGAAGAGUAAAGAAGAACAUUGGAUUGGAAAUUUUAUCUCAGAACUUCACUGCUGAACUGAAAGAUUCUUCCUCAGAAUUGUAUCAAAGCCUUACAAAUGAAGUAACUGUACGGCUUAAUGAAGCCUACAGAACAAGAGAUUCCUGAUGCCGUGGUGAAAGUUUUAGGAUACGCUAAUGGGAGCGUUCUUGUAGCACUUGAAGUAGCCUCCAAC